UUAUAGAAUCAAAAAAACAAAUUUUCCUUUAAGAUUUUCGAUUUUCCUCCACGUGAUUGAUGUGUUCUUUGUUAGAACACCACCAGAAUCUAUUUUUUUAACUAAAAAUCAAAGAUACUAAGCGAUAAAGAUGUAUUCACCGUUUUCUUGAUUUUUUAGGCCAGGGUACUUGUGAAACUCUAUAUUUUGUAAACAAUAUGAUAAGAUGCUCUUUAAACAUAAAUUUCUCAAGAGGUUUUCUUUGUUUUAUCGCUGUGUCAAUAGAAAGAGUGAAGUAAACAUGGAAGAGACAUUAAAAAGGAUUUUCAACAAAUCAGUUGAUUCAGUGAAACCUGUUGAAUUAAUAAGCAAGAAUAAAUUUGUUAAUUUAAUACAUGCAGGAAAUAAAUGUUUGAUAGAAAUUAACGAUUCUAAAAGCUUAAAUAAGUAUGAUGUAACAAAGAAAAAAAUCCAUGUUGUUGGAUUUGGUAAAGGCGUCUUGGCUUUAGCUUUGGAGUUAGAAUGUGUCUUAGAAGAAAAGCUCAUAUCAGGAAUUUUGAGUGUUCCUAUUGGUGCCUCAAAGAUGAUUAGCUUAAAAGAAAAUUCAAAUAUAAAAAUCAUAGAAGGAGCAGUUGAUAAUUUACCUGAUGAAAAAUCCUUGAACGCAGCUAAAGAGAUCAAAGAGAAAGUUCAAAGUUUGACAGACGAUGAUAUUUUGUUUGUUUUAAUAACUGGUGGAGGCUCAGCACUGUUACCUCUGCCUAUUGAGCCCAUUUCACUCAAUGAAAAGUCAACUCUGAUAAAGAAUCUUUCAAGAGCAGGUGCAACAAUUAAUGAGAUUAAUACUGUUCGUAUCGCGAUAUCCCAAGUCAAGGGUGGAAAACUUUUACAAACUGCUAAGAAGACUCACAAAAUUAUUUCAUUAAUCAUAUCUGACAUCGUUGAUGAUCCCCUCGAUCUGAUAGCAAGUAGCCCAACAAUUCCGUAUAAAAAACCUAUAAACACGCCAAAAGAAAUCCUUGAAAAAUACAAUCUUUUCAAUUCUCUACCUAAGUCAAUAUUAAAAAUAAUUGAAAAGAAUGGAAACAUUCAACAAGAUCUUUCAUCAGAACCAAUUGUAAACUCCGACGUUUUUCUUAUCGGAAAUAAUCGCAUAGCUAUUGAAGCAGCAAUGAAAGAAGCAAAACAUUUCAAUUUAUUUCCAGUUUUUCUAUCAUCAGCAGUUCAAGGAAACGUUGCCGAUGUGAGUCAAGCUUUCUUUGAAUUAGCAGUAACGGUUCAGCAUUUUUCAUCCUUAUCCCAAAAAGAAUUUCAAGAAAGAAUUGCAAAAAUUUCACUAAUAUUAUCGCCUCAUUCAAAUUUCUUUAAUGACUUAGUAGCAGCGCUUAAAGCAGACUUACCAGGAAUUUGCAUAAUUUCUGGUGGUGAAACUACCGUAACAGUUACAGGCGACGGUCUUGGGGGUCGCAAUCAAGAAUUAACUUUACGUUUCACAAGACUCUGUCAUGAUGCGAACACACAGUCAUUAAAUGAUUUAUUACUAUUAUCAGCUGGCACAGAUGGUGUCGAUGGAAAUAAUGAUGCUGCAGGUGCUUUAGGUGGGUCAAGAAUUUUAUCAGAUUUUAUCAAGGACGACAUGAAAUCUGAGACAAACAUUACUCGCGUCUUAAAUGACUUUAUUUCAAGAAAUGAUUCUUAUAAUUUCUACAAAAAUUUCUUAAAAAAUCAUGGCGGUGAUCGAUAUCAAAUUAUCAUUGGACAUACGGGAACGAAUGUCAUGGAUGUUCAUCUGCUGAUGAUCAUGACAAGUCAAAUGGAAAAAUUAUCAUAAGACAUUAUUAAUGAAGUUUGAAACCUUCUUCGUCUCGCUUAGGUUGUUGAUGAAGAAACUUUGAAAUUCAAGAGAGAUUUAUUCAUAUAUCUAGAGUAAUAAAAAAUAAAUAAAAUAAAUUUUUGAGUCAGCAACU